AUGACCGACACGCUCCGGGUGCACGACGACGCGCAGCACGUCCCGAUCGGCGUGCUGGCCGUCGGCUGUGGUGUCGAGCUGGGUCUCACCGAGCCGCACCACCAGCUGACUGGGCGCCACGCUGACCAGACAGACCUUCGACCUUCUCCGGCGUACUGCAACACCUUCAUCAACCUGAUCCCGCUGUCGUUCGUGCUCGGCUUCUACGUCAGCUUCGUGGCGCAGCGCUGGUGGCAGCAGUACAUGGCCAUCCCGUGGCCGGACAAUGAUCCUCCGUUAAGCGACGUCUGGCCCACGCUCGAGCACCUCGUCGAGUCCGGUUUCAUGACGGCCACGGAGCUGGAGGAGUUCAGCAGCGUACCCAGGAAGGAGUUCAACACCUACUGGAUCCCCUGCUGCUGGUUCGUCAGCUUGCUGAGAGAGGCGCGCAUCACCAACCACGUGAUCGACUCGCAGGGCCUGAAGCUCAUCGUUGAGACCUUCAACGAGUACCGAGCCAACUGUGGAUUGCUGUGGAGCUACGACUGGGUCAGCAUCCCCCUGGUCUACACUCAGGUUGUCACCAUCGCCACGUACGCGUUUUUCGUGGCGUGUCUGGUGGGCAGGCAGCAGGAGGCGGGCCAGACGCUGCACGCGUCGGACGCCGGUCAGCUGGAUCUCUACAUUCCGCUCUUCACCGUUCUCCAGUUCCUCUUCUACAUGGGUCUGCUCAAGGUGGCAGAACAGCUGAUCAAUCCAUUCGGGGAUGACGACGAAGACUUUGAGUUGAACUGGAUCAUUGACAGGCACGUGAAGGUGUCGUACCUGAUCGUCGACUCCCUGAACGUGCGCCGGCCGCCGCUCGUCAAGGACAUGUACUUCGACGACCCGGGUCUGACGCUGCCGUACACAGAGGCGUCCGUCCAGUACAAGAUCCCGACGUACCGCGGAUCAGUCGACAGCAUGAAGGUGCCCGAGAGGCAGCACACGAUGGUGCUGCCCGAGAUCAAGGAGGAGCAGGACGAGAGCGGCGACGAGGACGGUGCAUUCUUCGGCUCCACGUCGCUCGGCAGCAUCGCCGCUGAGAACGGCAUGAUGGACGGUCGUGACCCGCGCGUGGGCGCUGUGAGCGUGCCGGACGAGGCGCUGCUCUCCGGACCGCAGUCGCACCUCCUCCAGCAGCACGGCCCGCUCUACCACCCCGACCCGCGCCCGCUCUACCACCCCGACCCGACCGCCGAACCGCAGCUUUCGGCCACCAGCUCGACGAGCGACGAGGCAGUGCUGCGGCGCCACUGCCUGGCGCCGAGCGGCGGCGCGGUGGAGCGCCACACCUCCAUGUCGGCGCCGAACCGCGCCGAGCGCCGGCUGCCCAAGCGCUCCGUCUCCUGGCAGUCGCCGCACCUCAUCCCGGCGCGCUGGCGGCGCCGCCAGCGCGCCGAGGUCAUCUGGCACCCCCUGCCCGACAUCCAGCGUGCCAACACCUCCAGUCUCGAGCGCAAGCACAGCCUACCCGCGCCGGCCAACAAGCGGGUGCAGAUCGUAGCGCCCUCGGAGCUUGACGAGCUGCCGGGCCGGACGCCGCCGCCGCCACCGGCACCCUCGCCCAGUCAGCGGCGCAUCGACGCUCAGCAGCAGGCGCACUGCAAGCGGCCGUAG